UCGUUUCGGUUGCUAUAUUUAUAUAAAAACUUGUAGAACGAAAGUGAGUUAUUUAAAUUAUAAGACACAUAUCUCUUUGGCUUAGUUAAGCUUAAGCUGCAAAAAAAGGGUUAUUAAAAAGAUUUAUAAAAUGAAGUUUUCAUACAAGUUUUCUAAUUUAUUGGGCACAAUAUAUCGUUGUGGAAAUCUUGUUUUUACUCCCGACGGUAAUUCAAUUAUUAGUCCCGUUGGUAAUCGUUUGACCAUUUAUGAUUUAAAAAACAAUAAAGCUCGUACUUUAGAUGUGGAAUCACGUUUCAAUUAUACAGCUAUAGCAUUGUCACCAGAUGGGAGUUUACUGUUGGCUGCAAAUGAACACGGUCAGGCGCAAUUAAUUAGUAUGAUUUCCUGUAUGGUUAUCCAUCAGCACAAAUUUAAAGACAAGGUGCAAUAUAUUGCAUUUAGUCCCAGCGGCGCCUUUUUCGCUGUGGCUAUGCAAAAUUUGGUGUUAGUAUUUAAAUCUCCAGGAGAAUUGACAGGCGAAUAUAAUCCGUUUGUGCUGGAACGUACCUAUCUCGGAGGCUACGAUGACGUCAGCUACUUGGACUGGUCGUCAGAUUCUAGAUUUUUAUUAGUAGGUUGCCGCGACAGCACCACUAAAGUGAUAGGAAGACAUUAUAUGAAAAAUUUUCGUACGUUUAUAUUGAGUGGGCAUACAGAUGCAAUAGUAUCUUGUUUUUUCGAAGCAAACAGCUUGCAUGCUAACACUAUUAGUCGUAACGGUCAGUUAUGUUUGUGGGAAUGUAGUUUAACUCUGUCAGAUUUCAACGACGAAGAGAAACAAUCACCUAUUGAACAGAAAAGGACAAAAAUUGAUGGCGAUAAUUCCGAUGAAGAAUCUGAAGAUGAAAUUGAGGAAACUGUGGAAAAAAGAAUUGAAAAUGUAGACUCUCUGACAGAGAACAUAGUAGACGAGAAUGAGCACAACGACAAUGAGGGUGAAAAGAAAUGUCAUCCGUUUUAUUAUAAAAAGUUGGCCCGUCAUUACUUAGCUGACGAACCUCGCAAAGAACAACGUGAUGUUGUGCUAACAGCCGCUUAUUAUAAUAAGCGUAUUAAAAUUCUGGUGGUUGGUUUCAGUAACGGCUCAUUUUAUUUGUAUGAGCUUCCCGAUGUGAAUAUGAUACAUUCGUUGACAAUAUCCGAUUAUGCAAUUUCGACAGCGUUAUUUAAUAGUACCGGUGAUUGGGUAGCUUUGGCAUCCAAAGAAUUAGGGCAGCUGCUUGUGUGGGAGUGGCAGUCUGAACAGUACAUAAUGAAACAACAAGGACACAGCAGUGAAAUGAUCUGCAUUAGCUAUUCUCCAGAUGGCCAGUACAUAGCUACCGGAGGAGAAGAUUCUAAGGUUAAGUUAUGGAAUACGCAAAGUGGUUUUUGCUUUGUAACAUUUACCGAACACACGAGUGCCAUCACAGCAGUGCAAUUCAGUCGUAGUAAAAAAUUCCUCGUUAGCAGUUCUCUGGAUGGCACGGUCAGAGCUUUUGAUAUCACACGUUAUCGCAAUUUUCGUACAUUCACUUCACCGAGGUUGAUACAAUUUUCAUGCGUAGCUGUCGAUUAUUCGGAUGAAUUAAUAGUAGCUGGCGGUCAAGAUGUUUUCGAAAUAUACUUGUGGUCGAUUAAAUUGGGCACUUUAUUGGAGGUUAUAAGCGGUCAUGAAGCUCCUGUGUCUUCAUUAGCUUUUGCACCUGUGCCUACCAGUUCUACAUUGGUUUCAGGAUCUUGGGAUAAAACUAUAAAAAUAUGGAAUUGUUUAGAAACUAAAUCUGAACAUGAAACCAUAGAUUUGUUGCAUGAUGUUACCUGUGUCUGUUUCAACCCAAACGGCGAGCAUGUGGCUGUGGCUACUUUGAAUGCUGGUAUUACUGUAUUUGAUGUUAAAACUGCCACUCAAAUAAGCAGUAUCGAAGGACGUAAAGAUUUGGCAAGCGGUCGCUUAGAAACUGAUAUUAUAACAGCGAAAAGAAAUCAAUUGGGCCGAUAUUUUUCCACAAUAGAAUACUCAGUUGAUGGCGAGUGUAUUUUGGCCGCAGGUCGUUCCCAUGCUAUUUGCAUAUAUCACGUUAAAGAAGGAAUUUUACUUAAAAAGUUUGAAAUAACACAAAAUCGAAGUUUCGAUGGUUUGAAUGAAUAUAUAAACCGCCGGAAUAUGACUGAGUUCGGUAAUAUGGCUUUGAUAGAGCAGCGUGAAGAAACUGAAGGUGGAAAAGUGGCGAUACGUUUGCCAGGUGUUCAAAAAGGCGAUAUGGCUGCGCGUCAUUUCAAGCCUGAAGUUAAAGUAUUUUCGGUUAAAUUUUCACCUACUGGUCAAUCAUUUGCUGCUGCCUGCACUGAAGGACUUUGUAUAUAUUCUUUAGAUAAAGGUGUUGUUUUCGAUCCAUUUAAUUUAUCAUUGGAAGUUACGCCGAAAGCUGUUAAAGACGCCGUCAAAAAUGGUGAAUUCUCAAAAGCAUUAAUAAUGGCUUUAAAAUUAAAUGAAACAAAUUUAAUCAUGUUUUCACUAGAAUCAAUACCAUUUGAAGAUGUGCAACUGGUAAUUUCUGACAUGCCCAACGAAUAUGCCCACCGUUUAUUACCAAUAAUCGCUCGUUUAUUACAAACAUCACCACACAUAGAAUUCUACUUGGAAUGGUCUUGCAAAUUACUUUUGACUUUUGGCAAUAAAGAUGGAGUAUUUCAACAUUCUUCGUUACUAGCAUUGCAUGAGUCUCUAUCUCAUAAAUAUGAAGCCCUUAAUAAAAUCUGCGAUUUCAACAAAUACACAUUGCGAGCCUUAUUUAAAGCGUUCGAAGAGAAACAGAAAAGGUCGAAUUCUCAAAACAUUAAGGAUGCUAACGGAACGAAAGAAGAUGAUACGAAUUCAGAAGACGAAGAGAUGAUACUUAUUAAAUCAAAUGAAUCCCGUACAAUUCGAGGCACUAACGACAAGGAUAUGCAAGAGGAAGAAGAAUCGAUGGAUGAAUAAGAAACAAAUUGUUUAAUAAAUUGGAUUAU